AAUCGACUCUCAAAGCGGACCUUAUUCAUUUCCUCCUUAUCCAAACCAAAAUUGGAAUGUCCUCUAGAAACUCCCGGAUGAUCCCAAACAGCUUCCGAAAGCGGCAGCGCGUGCCCCAGCACCACAUCUCCGCCAUGCGCAUCUCCUCCACCGCAGCAAUCAUGGAAACCUUCGCCGACAAGACCAUGUCCGAGUCCUCCCAGAAGCUACGCCGCACCUCUUCCUCCUCCACCACAGCCACCAGCACCAAUCCUAAUACCACUACCUCUUCCUUCAACGAUCCCUCCACCGCUGAUGUCAUUCUCCGCCUCUUCAUGGAACAAUCCCCCUUUGAUUCUGCCAGUCCCUCGGAUUCCGCUGACCAAUCGGACAUCCAGAUCUAUCUCCACUCCCACGUCAUUAACCGCUCGAAAUAUUUCGCGGCGCUUUUAUCCGACCGUUGGCAACAUGAAAAAAUCACCGAUAGGAACAACAAUGCCGCUGAAGAUUCCAGAAACGACGAUAAUUUUAGCCUAAUUCAUUUAAAUCUCGGCGUUCUCGACAAUCCAAACUCCAUAACCAUCCAUUUAACCGUCUUUCAACUGCUUUACACGAACGAUUUCGCAACCGUCAUCGACUCGGCUUCCACCGCACUCGAAAUCCUCCCAGUGGCUCUCGAAAUACUCUUCGAAGAUUGCAUAAAAUCAUGCGUGAAAUUCUUAGAAGCGGUGCCUUGGAGCGAGGAGGAAGAGCAAAGAGUUUUAAGCUUGAUUCCGUUCCUGCACGAGGAAGAAUCAAAGGAACUUCUGGCUAGGGUUUCGCUGGGGAAAGAUGAUUCUUGUGAAGAAAUGUUGCACGGAUUGAUUUUGGAGGCGAUUCAUAGUCAUCCGAAUAUGGCGUUUGUUAAAGCCUUCGUGGCGAAACUUUUGAGGGAUUUUUCAUCAAGGGAAUCGGCGAGGAGGGUUUUGGAGAGGGAGUUCGAGAAGAGUUUGAAGAUUGUGAAAGAGAGUUUGGAGGAGUAUUCAAGCCCUGAUUUUAGAGGUGAUCACAAUGAAACGGAGGCGAUACAGAGGUUGAAUUUGCAUACUGCGAUGACCAAUGGGAGGCAUUUGUUAUGGUUGGUUGAGAGGAUGAUUGAGUUGAGGGUGGCGGAUUCGGCCGUGAAGGAGUGGAGUGAGCAGGCUGCGUUUACCGCGGAUUUGCAGAGAGCUUUUAGGGAUGAUGCUUGGAGGAAUUUUGUUCCGGGACUCCCUGCUGUUGUGCUCCGGUGUACUUGUAAGCUGGCCAAUGCAGUUGCUACUGGAACAAUAAUCGCUGCUAGACAGUUUCAGGUUAGAAUGAAGCUUGUCAAAGACUGGCUUCCUGUUCUGAAUGUGUGCAAAGACAAUGUCUCGCCCAUGCUGCCCAGUCAUAAAACAUUAUACCUGGAAUUGGAGGAGACAUUCCUGAGAAUUAUCUCCACACUGCCAAUGUCAGAUGCACAAGUGUUGUUGCGGCAAUGUCUCAGCUUCUCAACCAGAAAUGUUGAAGAUUGCCCCCACUUGGUCACAGCAUUCAAUACGUGGUUUCGCAGGGCAACUCAACCUCCUCAACUGGAAAACCUUGAUUAGAAGUAGUGAAAGAGUGGUGUUUUUGUGUAUGUGGAUUGUCACCCCCUCGGUGCUGUUUUGGUUUAGGAGGUUUAGUUUCCUCUGUUGAAUAUUGUGCAUAUGCUAAUCUGAUGUCUAGAGUCAAACUAGUUACUCUGUACAUAUGGAUAUUCCCUAUUGUUCCCCAUGUACGCAACAGAAGCAAAAACUGGAUGUUUUUUAUGCUGUUUCUUGAAGCUGUCAUGGACACUUUGCACUGACAUUUAAUUUUAUGUGAAAGGUCUUGUUGGCUUAAGGGGUGAUUA